AUGAAGCUCAUAGCAACUGCUGAAGACUCUGGAGGAUUCAAGGAGAUUGUGUGUGUUAAGGGCACCGAUACCUCCUCACAAACAGCUCCACAACCGGAGAAGAUCUCAUCUUUUGAUGAGCAAGGAAUAAGAUCUCAUAUUCAGAAGCUUACAGUGGUUCCAACCUCUCAAGGUGACGUUGUUGUAGCUGCUAGGGCCAACGGUACCAUUAGUCUCUAUAAGACUAAUGAAACGUAUGACUUGAUCAAUACUGCCACUGACGGGCUAGUUGCAGACUCCAAGGAUAAAGACAAGUUUGCCAGUCUAACCACUGUGUCUGGCUACAUCUUUGCAGCAUCAGAACAGGGAAGAGUUACAAUUAUUGACCCUGAAACCAUUAGGGAUGACAUCUCCGUGGCAUCAUGUUCAUUGAAAGCACCUCUAUCAGCUUUUGUUGGUCAUCCCACCCAAAAAGGUGUGUUUGCUUACGGGGGUAAGGAGAAUGAUGUUAAGAUUGUGCGUUUGUUCAAGGAGUCGCCAUUUGAAGAUCUCAAACCAGAACAGCUAUUCCAAGGAAAGAACGUUAAGAAUGACAGACUGGAUCUUAGGGUACCUAUUUGGAUCACUAAUAUCGUAUUUAUCAACACCGAUAAAGAUACAGAAAAGUCGUGGAAUUUCAUUACAACAACAGGCUAUGGACAAGUGAGAAAGUACGACACUUCCCAUGGAAGAAAGCCAAUUAUGGACAAGAAGCUGAGUGACAAGCCAUUGAAACAGGUGGCUUUGACCUCAAACGAGUCUGAGGUGAUAUGCUCGGAUACCAAUGCCACUACUGCUUUGUUCCACGUUGAAAAGGGAACACUAGUUGCAAAAUAUAAAGGUUCUGUUGGUGCUGUCCAAGGCUUACACUCAUACAUCACUGAUGACGAACAGCUCCUUGUGACAGGUGCCCUCGAUAGAUACGUUCGUGUCUUUGACAUAAACACUAGAGAACAGGUUGCAAAGGUAUUUGUCGGUUCUAAAGUCACUUCUGUGUGGUUGUUGGACACUUCAUCAGGUAAGAGUGUACCAAACGAAGAUAAUGAGGAUGAAAAGAAGAAGAAGAAGAAAAGACCACUUAGAAGAUCCGAGAAGGAAGCACAGCAGGAAAAUCCUGAUCUGGUAUGGGAAGAGCUCGAACAACUAGAGAAUGACACUAAGAAGAGAAAGACUUAG